GUCCUCCCCGCGCCGCGCCUCCUCGCCCCGCCGCGCCCGCUAUAAUCACGUGACCGCCUCAUCCGGGUCCUUUGCGCUCUCUCUCCCUCUCCCAACAUGGCGGCCUCAGCUAAGAAGAAGAACAAGAAGGGGAAGACCCUCACCCUGACGGACUUCCUCGCCGAAGAUGGCGGCAGCGGCGGCGGCGGCGGGCCCACCUUCGUCCCCAAGCCCGUCAGCUGGGCUGAUGAGACGGAUGACCUGGAAGGAGAUGUCUCCACCACCUGGCACAGCAACGAGGACGACAUGUACCGGGUGGCCCCGAUCGACCGGUCCAUCCUGCCCACGGCCCCGCGGGCCGCCCGCGAGCCCAACAUCGACCGGAGCCGCCUGCCCCGCUCGCCGCCCUACACCGCCUUCCUGGGCAACCUGCCGUACGACGUGACCGAGGAGUCCAUCAAGGAUUUCUUCCGGGGCCUGAACAUCAGUGCGGUGCGCCUGCCGCGGGAGCCCAGCAACCCGGAGCGGUUGAAAGGUUUUGGCUACGCCGAGUUCGAGGACCUGGACUCUCUGCUCAGCGCCCUGAACCUCAAUGAAGAGUCCCUAGGAAACAGGCGGAUACGUGUGGACGUGGCCGACCAAGCUCAGGACAAAGACAGGGACGACCGCUGUUUCGGCAGAGACCGCAACCGGGACUCGGACAAAACCGACACGGACUGGAGGGCGCGGCCGGCCACCGACAGCUUCGACGACUACCCCCCGCGCCGGGAUGAUAGCUUCGGGGACAAGUACCGCGAUCGAGACCGCUACGACUCGGACCGGUACCGGGACGGGCCGCGCCGCGACAUGGACCGCUACGGGGGCCGGGACCGCUACGAUGACCGGGGCGGGCGCGACUACGACAGAGGGUUCGAUUCCCGGAUGGGCAGCGGCCGGAGGGCGUUCGGCAGCGGGUACCGGCGGGACGACGACUACCGGGGGGGCGGAGACCGUUACGAGGACCGCUACGAGCGGCGGGAUGAGCGGGCCUGGGGCCCCCGCGACGACUACUCCUCCUCCCGCGACGACUUCCGGCGCGACGACCGAGGCCCCAUGCAGCGGCCCAAGCUGAACCUGAAGCCCCGGAGCGCCCCCAAGGACGAGGACCCCUCGGCCAGCACCUCGCAGUCCAGCCGCGCGGCCUCCAUCUUCGGGGGCGCCAAGCCGGUGGACACGGCCGCCCGCGAGCGCGAGGUGGAGGAGAGGCUGCAGAAAGAGCAGGAGAAGCUGCAGCGCCAGCUGGACGAGCCCAAGCUGGAGAGGCGGCCCCGGGAGAGACAUCCUAGCUGGCGGAGUGAAGAGAACCAGGAACGGUCACGGACGGGAAGCGAAUCCUCGCAGACCGGCAGCACGGCCCCGUCGGGCAGGACCACGCGGCGGAGGGAAAGCGAGAAAUCCCUGGACAACGAGGCUUUCGGCAAGGAUGACGACUCCCCGUCUCCCACCUCCAAGACCCCCAGGGCGGAGCAGCCGCCGCCGCUCAAGGUGGUGCCGGCCCCCCUGCCCAAGGAGAACGCCUGGGCCAAGCGGUCCUCCAACCCGCCGCCCGCCGCCCGCUCCCAGAGCUCGGACUCGGAGCCGCCGUCGCCGGCCGGUGGCAGCAAAGCCGCCCCUUCCCCGCCGGCCGAGGAGGCCCCUGCCACGGCCCCCAGGAAAGAUGAGAACAAGGUGGACGGGGCCAGCGACAAGAACACCGCUAAGGGCCAGAGCGGGGGCCGGGGCCCCGGAGACGGCCCCAACAAAGACCAUUGGAAAGAUCCCGACAGGAAAGAUGGCAAGGACUCAAGGCCCGCGUCUGAGCCCAAGAAAGCCGAGGGAAACCCUGCCUCUAAGUUCAGCUCGGCCAGCAAAUACGCUGCCCUGUCCGUGGACGGUGAGGACGAAGGGGAGGAGGCGGCCGAGUAAAGGGGCGGCCGGCCGGACGGCGGACCCCCCCCCCCGCCACCGUCUCCCGGUCCGCCCUCCCCAGGAUCACCGGGCGGCUCCCACCCACCCAGACAAGGCAAAUAAAACUCAGCGUCUCCUGGCAGCCUCUCUCCACUUUCUUUCUCAAGGAAACCUUUGAAAUCCCGUUGCAUGCCGCCGCGGCCCUUAAGGUCUCGAACUCGCCGGACAGGGUCCGCCGGCCAGCGAGAGGGGGAGGCCGGCUCCCCCGGCCCACGUGAGUCGUGAACGGUAAAUCUGAAUAAAGCCACCACCCUGAGGGCGAG